AUGUCCGCAAGCCAACCGGCCGCUAAGGUUUCGUACCAACCGCCAACUCCCAUAAGCGAGCUCUGCACUUUCAUCGAGCGACACCUCUGUUCUCACACCUCACUGACCACGGCAGACUACCUAAUAUCGCGGGAAGCACUUCGCGGUCGCGUCCGAAUUGCAUCUACGCCGGACUACACCGAGAUUUCACAGCCUCCGCUGACGUCAGCGGUAAAAGUCCUAGUUUCGUAUGUAGGGGGGGCACGUGUUGCUGAGGCUUUCGGCGGCGCGCUACUCACAUCGGCAGGCGCCCCACACGUUGGCCAGGCUCCACAGGCGGUACGAGUAGCUGUCACCAUAGCACCCGAACAUGCUCUCAUCGGUUCUCGCGACCAUGGCCCGCGCGAGCGGACUGACGUGCUCUGUGUUGCGCGGCGCGCGGCGGAAUGA